AUGCGGAGAGGCAAUCGUACAAGAUCGGAUGAGCUGUCUGGCGAUGAUGAUGAUGACAGGGAUGGAAAAAGAGGAUUUGUAAGGAUGGCAAAACAGCUGAAAAGUGCGUCGUUGUACCAGCAGGGAGCCUUGGCUUUAGCGGAAAGAGUUAAGGGACGAAGACUAAAUGCUAAAAGCCGAGUGAGUUUGUUAUAGUG